GUCCCAAUGUACUGAAUAAUGUCUUUUUUUUUUUAACUGCGAUUACCAUUUCUUGCCCACCCAAAAUCGUACGUCAGAAAUUUACUGAGUUACCCGUAGAGGUCUGCAAUGCCACUUCUUGAAAUUUUAUUGAAACCAGCAAGAAUUUUCAACCCUCUUUCCUGUGGCUAUAUAUAGCCCUCACUCACACUUGCAUUUCCAUUCAUUCCCUGAUAGAGAAAUGGAGAUGGAGAUCCCUGUUAUUGACUUCAGUAAGCUAGCUGGUGAGGAGAGAAGCAAAACCAUGAAACUUCUCCACCAUGCUUGUGAGAGAUGGGGAUUCUUUAUGGUAGAGAAUCAUGGAGUUGACACAGAGUUGAUGGAGAAUGUGAAGCAGAUGGUGACACAGCAUUAUGAACACAGCUUGAAGGAAAGCUUUUAUGGCUCAGAUGUUGUCAAGUGUGUGGAGAAUAAGAAAGAGAGUAUCAGAGAUGCAGACUGGGAAAGCACUUACUUCAUUUGGCAUCAUCCAACUUCCAACAUCAAUCAACUCAAAAACUUUCCAAACAACUUUGGCAAAACAAUGGAGCAGUACAUUGAACAGCUGAUGAAGCUAGCAGAGAACCUUUCAGAACUCAUGUGUGAGAACCUAGGACUUGAAAAGAACCACAUUAAAGAAUCAUUUUCAGGGAGCAAGGGCCAAUCCAUUGGAACCAAGGUGGCAAUCUACCCAGAAUGCCCAAACCCUGAACUAGUUAGAGGGCUUAGAGAACACACAGAUGCAGGUGGCAUCAUUCUGCUGCUGCAGGAUGAUCAAGUCCCCGGCCUCGAGUUCUUCAAGGAUGAACAAUGGGUGAAGAUUCCACCCUCCAAGAACAACAGAAUCUUUGUCAACACAGGGGAUCAGCUGGAGAUUCUGAGCAAUGGGAUGUACAAGAGCACUCUGCAUAGGGUGUUGGCACAAAAUGAUGGAAACAGACUGUCUAUUGCUACCUUCUAUAACCCUGCAUCUGAUGCCAUGAUUUCUCCUGCACCAAAGCUCUUGUACCCUGAGAAUGUCUGCUUCCAAGACUAUCUGAAGCACUAUGGAAGCACCAAGUUUGGAGAGAAGGGCCCGAGGUUCGAGACGAUGAAGAAACUGCAGGCCAAUGGGCAUUAAUCUGCACUCUAAAGCAUGUGUUUUCUUUCAGUUGUUCUUGUGUGUUUAAAUGGCCUUUUAAUUUGCAGUCUAUGAGAAGCUGAUGCAUGUGUGUACAGCUUCAUAUAUAGUUCACAUGAUUGAGGAAAUGUUCUGAUGGUAUGCAAAAGUAUCAAUCUUCUUAACGGUU